GCUGCGUGUGUAGCGUUGUCGGCGAUUUUUCACCGGCUUUGAAGUGGGCGAUAGCGACAGCGCGGUGCGCCCGGCUUAUUAUGGUGAAGCCUUCCAUCUUACCGCCGUUAUUUUAGAUGAGGCGAAGAUCGAACAACCAUCAGCAGGUGUACACGGCGACCACUGAAAAAAGGAAAACGGAGAAACUCGUCUCUUGACUGACCGUCAAGAGAAACCUGUUGACACGGUCGCCACUUGUUUAGGCCUAGUGAACGUGGCGCUACCGGAAGCCGAGUGCUUGUACACGUUCCCUUGGCACCGCAGGCUCGGGCUCAACAUGUCAACUGCAAGCCCCGUCCAGUACAAGAGAGCGUCAUGGUGGUCCCGGAUGAACCCCGAAAAGCAGGAGACGCUACUCAAGAUGUCCAUACUCUCAAUGGCAGCUGUGCUGUCAUUUGUCUGCCGGCUCUUCUCUGUACUACGCUUCGAAAGCGUAAUUCACGAAUUCGAUCCGUACUUCAACUACCGCACCACACGCUACCUCGCUGAGGAAGGCUUCUACCGCUUUCACAACUGGUUUGAUGACCGGGCCUGGUACCCUCUGGGAAGGAUCAUUGGCGGCACAAUCUAUCCCGGAUUGAUGGUGACAUCAGCAGCUCUGUACCAUGCAUUGCAGUUUCUGCACAUUACAGUGGACAUUCGCAAUGUGUGUGUCUUCUUGGCUCCGUUUUUCUCAAGUCUGACGACCCUCGUAACAUUUCUGCUAACAAAGGAACUCAAGGACACUGCUGCUGGCCUGAUGGCCGCUGCUAUGAUAUCCAUCGUCCCCGGCUACAUCUCUCGAUCGGUCGCCGGGUCCUAUGACAACGAAGGCAUUGCCAUCUUCUGCAUGCUUCUGACCUAUUACAUGUGGAUCAAAGCUGUCAAGACAGGGGCGAUAUUCUGGGCCGCCCUCUGUGGGCUUGCCUACUUUUACAUGGUGUCAUCCUGGGGUGGCUAUGUGUUCCUCAUCAACUUGAUCCCACUUCACGUCUUGGCGCUGAUGUUCACAGGACGCUUUUCGCACCGCAUUUACACGGCCUACAGCACGCUCUACGUGUUGGGUACUCUGCUGUCGAUGCAAAUCUCGUUCGUCGGUUUCCAACCUGUUCAGUCCUCGGAGCACAUGGCGGCCUUGGGUGUGUUCGGCCUGUGCCAGCUGCAUGCCUUUGUGGACUAUGUGCGUUCCAAGCUACCUAAGGAGCACUUCGAGCUUCUCUUCCGCACUGUCGUAGUGGCGACAGCCACAGUGACACUGGCUGUGGGUGGCGUGCUCACCAUCCUCGGCAAGAUCUCCCCAUGGACUGGACGUUUCUACUCUCUCCUGGAUCCCUCAUACGCCAAGAACAACAUCCCAAUCAUUGCCUCCGUGUCCGAGCACCAGCCAACGUCUUGGUCCUCCUUCUAUUUCGAUCUGCAGCUGCUCGUCUUCAUGUUUCCGGUUGGCCUGUACUUCUGCUUCAGCAAGCUGACCGAUGCAAACAUCUUCAUCAUCCUCUACGGCAUCACAAGCAUAUACUUCGCCGGUGUGAUGGUGCGUCUGAUGCUGGUGCUGGCACCUGUCAUGUGCAUCCUGGCCGGCAUUGGUGUCUCGGCCAUGCUCACCACUUAUUCCAAGCAGAUGGACGCAGCUCCGACCGACAAGAAGGGCAAGCGCCAUGAGGGCAACUACUUCAUGCGCACCGAGGUGGCACAGGGCUUUGUGGCCAUGAUGUGCAUCUUCCUGACAUCAUACACUAUGCACUGCACCUGGGUGACUUCGGAAGCAUACUCGUCGCCCUCCAUUGUGCUGUCGGCGAGAGCCCACGACGGCUCACGCAUCAUCUUUGACGACUUCCGUGAGGCCUACUACUGGCUGCGACACAACACCCCAGAGGAUGCCAAGGUGAUGUCAUGGUGGGACUACGGCUACCAAAUCACUGCCAUGGCAAACCGCACCAUCCUAGUGGACAACAACACUUGGAACAACACGCACAUCUCUCGCGUUGGCCAGGCCAUGGCCUCUCCCGAGGAUCGGGCCUACGAGAUUAUGCGCGAGCUGGAUGUCAACUAUGUGCUCGUCAUCUUUGGCGGUCUCUCGGGCUACUCGUCAGACGACAUCAACAAGUUCUUAUGGAUGGUGCGCAUUGGCGGGAGCACCGACCGAGGCCAGCACAUCAAGGAGCAGGACUAUUACACUCCGUCAGGAGAAUUCAGCGUGGACCGCGAGGGCUCCCCUGUUCUGCUCAACUGCCUCAUGUACAAAAUGUGUUACUACCGCUUUGGCUCCGUCUACACUGAAGCAGGCAAGCCACCGGGCUACGACAGGGUACGCAAUGCCGAAAUUGGCAACAAGGACUUUGAGCUCGAUGUUCUAGAAGAAGCAUACACGACAGAGCACUGGUUGGUGCGUAUCUACAAGGUCAAGGACCUUCCCAACAGGGGCAUCUGAGGAGCAACUCGUCACGUGCUGCUGUAUCCUGUGACAUACAAUCGACGCAGCAGCGAGCCACACUGCAGCAUCGAGAUUGUUCUCCAUUCUUUUGCUGGACAUGUCGUGGAACGAGCGCAAAAUCAUCCUCACAUUUCUCCGAGAAGGCCCGUGACAUCCUCGGGUCGUUCCCUCUCCCUCUGUGUUUACCCUGUGAAACUGCUUGUGGGUUUUCCUCUUUUUUUUUUCCGGGCCAUGUGUUGAAUGAGAGAAUGGGUGCUGAAUGCGAAUAAAAGCUUUCUACAAAAUA